AAAGCCAAAAGGGUUUGGUGGCUGUGCAGCUAAUGAGACUGUAAGAGCUCACUCACGAGCCAUGAGGUAGUUGGAGCGGUCCCCUUAAUUUUAACACUUAAAAACUCAAUUAUUAUUUCUUUUGGGUCAAUAAAAACUCAAUAUAUAAAUCACACAACCUAAACAACAAUUUCAAACAUCAAAUUCCUUUUCUCUCCCACACCAAAACCACACAAACAAACAGACCUAACACAUUGAACAAGCAUGGCUCCUGCUACUACUCUCACCUCCAUAGCAGGGGAGAAAACCCUGCAACAAAAAUUUGUCCGGGACGAAGAUGAGCGCCCCAAGGUUGCCUACAACAACUUCAGCAAUGAAAUCCCGAUCAUUUCGCUUGCCGGGAUCGACGAGGUGGAAGGCCGCCGGGCUGAUAUUUGCAAGAAGAUUGUGGAGGCUUGUGAGGAUUGGGGUAUUUUCCAGAUUGUUGAUCAUGGAGUUGAUACCAAGCUCAUCUCGGAAAUGACCGGUCUCGCCAGAGAGUUCUUCGCUCUGCCCUCGGAGGAGAAGCUUCGUUUUGACAUGUCCGGCGGCAAAAAGGGUGGCUUCAUUGUCUCCAGCCAUUUACAGGGAGAAGCUGUGCAAGAUUGGCGCGAAAUUGUGACAUACUUCUCAUACCCAAUCCGGCACCGGGACUAUUCGAGGUGGCCGGACAAGCCGGAGGGAUGGAGAGAGGUGACACAGAAGUACAGCGACGAGCUGAUGGGGCUGGCAUGCAAGCUUUUGGGGGUGUUAUCAGAAGCCAUGGGACUGGACACAGAGGCAUUGACAAAGGCGUGUGUAGACAUGGACCAAAAAGUCGUGGUCAAUUUCUACCCAAAAUGCCCCCAACCCGACCUCACCCUUGGCCUUAAGCGCCACACUGACCCAGGCACAAUUACCCUUUUGCUCCAAGACCAGGUUGGUGGCCUCCAGGCUACCAGGGAUGAUGGGAAGACGUGGAUCACCGUUCAACCAGUGGAAGGAGCCUUCGUGGUCAAUCUUGGAGACCAUGGUCAUUUUCUGAGCAAUGGGAGGUUCAAGAAUGCUGAUCACCAAGCAGUUGUGAACUCAAACAGCAGCAGGCUGUCCAUAGCCACAUUCCAGAACCCAGCUCAAGAAGCUACAGUCUACCCACUGAGCAUCAGAGAGGGAGAGAAGCCCAUUCUAGAGGGGCCAAUCACCUACACAGAGAUGUACAAGAAGAAGAUGACCAAGGACCUUGAGCUUGCCAGGCUCAAAAAGCUGGCCAAGGAGCAACAAUUGCAGGACUCGGAGAAGGAGGGCAAGCCAAAGGAUGAUAUUUUUGCUUAGCCACCUCAGUUUCUCUCAAAGCUUGCUCUUGUUAUGCUACUGGAUACUUGUACCUUUGCCGUCAAGUUCUUCUAUGUGCUUAGCCAGUGGAUGAUAUUUUUGCUUAGCCACCUCAGUUUCUCUCAAGGCUUGCUCGUGUUAUGCUACUGGAUACUUGUACCUUUGCCUUCUAGUUCUUCUAUGUGCUUAUAUAUGCAAUUUGCUUAAUUUGUGUGUUUUGGGGCGUUGGAAAAGUUUGGUCAAUUUGUGAGUCAAUUUGUAAGUCAUAUUUUAUGUUAAAUUAAUAGAUUAAAAUAAUUUCUACUAA